CCCCGCGCUGAAAGCGACGGAGACCGCAGGGGGGAGGCGGAUGAGAGCGGAGAAGUGGGAUUGGUGUGCUUGACUGUCGUGCACGACUCUGCUCUGCCCAUCGCUCGAGAGCCGCGGGGCUCAACGAGGGACUGCAAGGGCCAGAGUGGCAUUAGAAAGCCAUCAAGAGAAGAGACGACCGCUCCACUGCCAAAGGCAGCACAACAUGUCCCGGGUUCCCUCCACCGACCUUCCUGAGCCCCUCACCACCAGCUCUGAGUCGCUGCAGAGGAGCAGGGGCAUGGUGGGAGAAGGCACAGCACCCCAUGCCCAGACUCUGUGUCGGGAUCCUGCCAUGGGCCGGUGAUAUCAGCAUGACCUGGCUCCCCACUCCCUUACACCUCUGUGACUACCAGAUCGAGUCCUCAAAAUAAAUGCAGAGAAGAAAAAUUAUUUCAGGGGGAGAAAAUUGAGAGAUACCCAAGAGUCCAACCUGGUUCGAUGCCUAAAAUGACUUCAUUUUGAGGAGUAAACAGUGACAUGUUUUCACAAGUUCGAAAGACUGCAGGUUCCAGGAAAAGGUUAAAGCACCAGAGUCCUUAAAACACUGGGUGAGAACCACAGGUGUGACCUUUGUGCCCAAGCCAUCAAGCCUUCAGGAAUGGAGGCAAAUGUUGCUAUAACUGAAUGUGCCCAUCACUUCAGAAACCCAUCAGCCAGUUCUACUCAGAUGGCACAACAAGCAAAGGAGUUGGUCACCGGGUACCCACAGGAGCCACACGUGGCGAUGGGAUGGAUGUAACCAAGAAAAGCAAGCGAGAAGGCACGGAAGUCACUGAAAGGCUUAUCACUGAAACAGUAAGCACAAGACUGACAUCCUUACCACCAAAAGGCGGGACCAGCAAUGGCUACACCAAAACAGCUUCUCUUGGUGGAGGGGGCCGGCUGGAGAAGCAAAGCCUGACCCAUGGCGGCAGCAGCUACAUGAACUCCAAUGGAAGCUUGCGAGGCAGUGGCUCCACCUCCAGUUACCGGAGGGCUCACUCCCCUGCCUCCACCCUGCCCAACUCGCCUGGUUCAACCUUCGAAAGGAAAACCCACGUUGCCCGCCAUGGAAUGUACGAAGGGAGCUCCAGUGGCAACUCUUCCCCAGAGUACCCUCGGAAGGAAUUUGCAUCUUCUGCAACCAGAGGACGAAGCCAAACACGAGAGAGUGAAAUUCGAGUGCGGUUGCAGAGCGCCUCACCGUCUACCAGAUGGACAGAGCUGGACGAGGUCAAGCGUCUGCUCAAGGGCAGCCGAUCAGCAAGUGCCAGCCCCACCCGGAACUUGUCCAACACACUCCCCAUCCCCAAGAAAGGCACUGUGGAAACCAAAGUAGUGACGGCGAGCUCUCAGUCAGUGUCGGGCACCUAUGACACCACCAUCCUGGAUGCCAACCUGCCCUCCCACGUGUGGUCCUCCACGUUGCCUGCAGGGUCCUCCAUGGGUACCUAUCACAACAACAUGACCACCCAGAGCUCGUCCCUCCUCAACACCAACGCCUACUCGGCAGGGUCAGUCUUUGGAGUCCCAAACAACUUGGCCUCCUGCUCUGCAACCCUGCAGCCGGGACUCAGCUCCUGCUCCUCAGUGUUCGGAAUGCAGAACAACCUGGCCCCCAGCUCAGCUACUCUGUCCCAUGGCACUGCCACCACUUCCACAGCCUAUGGUGUGAAGAAAAACGUGUCCCAGACCCCUGCUGCUGUGAGCACCAGUGUGUCCACCACCUCCGCUGCCUGCACUACCAAUGUCCAAAGCGAUGACAUCUUGCACAAGGACUGCAAGUUCCUGAUCCUGGAAAAAGACAAUGUGCCCUCCAAGAAAGAGACGGAGCUGCUGAUCAUGACCAAGGACAGCGGGAAGGUCUUUACUGCGUCCCCCACCGGCAUUGCUACAACUUCUUUUUCAGAAGACACACUGAAAAAAGAGAAGGAGGCUGCCUACACUGCUGACACCUGCCUGAAAGCAGAAGCCAAUGGAGAAGUGAAGGCAGCAACCACCAACGGCAAGUCUGCCUCCAAAGAAAUUCAUGCUUAUGACCACUUCAGCGGAGCUGGCGCUGGAGGCGGAAAUGGCAGCGGCGGAGGACUGUGGGGGGCCGCACCCUCCUGGUGCCCCUGUGGCUCCUGCUGCAGCUGGUGGAAGUGGCUGCUGGGCCUGCUGCUCACCUGGCUGCUGCUCCUGGGACUGCUCUUUGGCCUCAUUGCCCUGGCGGAGGACAUGAGGAAGCUGAAAGCCCGUGUGGACGAGCUGGAGAGGAGGCAGGGCAACGAGAUUUACUAUGAGACGGAAAGCAGCCACAAGGAACGGCUGCAGGGUGCCUCACCUGACGAGGGGGCCGGGGCAGGCAGGGCCGGAUUCGGUGGCAGCGGUGGCCUCAGCCAGGAGGAACUGUGGCUGUUUGUGAGAAACAGGCUGCUGCUGGAGCAGGAGAAGGGAAAUCUCCGAGGAAGCCCUGGCCCUAAAGGUGACAUGGGAAGUCAAGGUCCAAAAGGAGACCGAGGCCUCCCUGGGACUCCAGGUAUCCCUGGACCCUUGGGUCACCCUGGUCCAGAAGGACCAAAGGGACAGAAAGGCAGUGUGGGAGAUCCUGGCAUGGAAGGACCCAUGGGCCAGAGAGGGCGAGAAGGCCCCAUGGGACUGCGUGGUGAACCAGGGCCUCCUGGGUUUGGGGAGAAAGGAGACAGAGGAGCCGCUGGUGAACCCGGUCCUCAGGGCCCUCCUGGUGUCCCAGGUUCUGUGGGCCCGAAAGGGUCCAUCGGCUCUCCCGGCCCUCAGGGACCUCCAGGCUUCACGGGUCUCCAAGGUCUCCGAGGUGAAGUAGGACUUCCUGGUGCCAAAGGUGACAAAGGACCUGUGGGAGCUCCAGGACCCAAAGGUGACCCCGGUGAGAAAGGACCCCGAGGCCUCACAGGCGAGCCUGGCACGAGAGGUUUACCGGGGGCUGUAGGUGAGCCCGGAGCUAAGGGACCGAUGGGCCCUGCUGGCCCCGAUGGACUCCAAGGUCCAAGAGGUGAAAAGGGCCUUACAGGUGCGCCUGGAACCCGGGGCCCUCCAGGACCUUCCGGAGACCAAGGAAAGCCAGGUCUCACAGGACCCCGAGGACCUCAGGGACUUCCUGGGACCCCUGGCCGACCAGGGAGUAAAGGUGAACCAGGCACCCCAGGCAGGAUCACAACUUCAGAGGGUUCAUCCAUGGUCACCGUCCCAGGUCCCCCAGGGCCUCCUGGCGCCAUGGGACCUCCAGGACCUCCAGGUUCCCCAGGCCCUGCUGGCCCUGCUGGUCUCCCAGGACAGCAAGGCCCGAGAGGAGAGCCAGGCCUUGCUAGUGAGCUGUCUGUGGGCACCGGCACCUCCAUCUCUGAGAUCAUCUCUUCCCAAGGCAUUGAUUUACGAGGCCCGCCAGGCCCACCAGGGCCCCGUGGACCACCAGGACCAGCUAUCCCAGGCCCCCCGGGACCCCGAGGCCCACCAGGGGAAGGCUUGCCAGGCCCUCCGGGCCCCCCAGGAUCUUUCCUGACUUCCUCAGAAACCUUCUCUGGCCCCCCAGGCCCACCUGGCCCCCCAGGCCCCAAGGGAGACCAAGGUCCCCCAGGCCCCCGAGGACAUCGAGGCGAGCAAGGCCUCCCAGGGUUCCUGACCUCAGACACCGGUUCUCUCGGACUCAACCUGCAGGGACCACCAGGCCCACCUGGUCCGCAGGGACCCAAAGGUGACAAAGGUGAUCCUGGGCUUCCUGCUGGUCCCUCCCGAGGGGGUUCAUCGAGCACCACGUACACAGCUGGUCCACCUGGCCCACCAGGGCCCCCCGGGCCCCCGGGCUCUCUCCGAAACUCCAUGGAGAUCCAGCAAUACAUCUCGGAGUACAUGCAGAGUGACAGCAUCAGGGCCUAUCUUUCUGGAGUCCAGGGUCCCCCGGGUCCCCCUGGCCCCCCAGGGCUCACCACCACCAUCACGGGGGAGACUUUUGACUACUCAGAGCUGGCCAGGCAUGUCGUGGGCUACUUUCAGGCUUUGGGCUACAGCAUCGGCAGGUCCUCUGGCUCUGUCUCCUCCGAAGACAUCCUGGCCGUGCUGCGGCGGGAUGAUGUGCUCCAGUACCUGCGUCAGUACCUGACAGGCCCUCAGGGUCCCCCAGGCCCACCAGGAGCCAGUGUCGAUGGAGCCCUCUUGUCCUCUUUGAAUUACGCGGAGCUGAGCAAACACAUUGUCAGCCACCUGUCCAAUUCUGGCUUCAGCAUUGGCCUUCCUGGCCCACCAGGCCCCCAGGGCCCCCCCGGCCUACCAGGGACAUCUUACGAGGAGCUCCUCGCCUUGCUCAGAGGGUCUGAAUACAGAGGCAUCAUUGGACCUCCAGGGCCCCCUGGGCCACCUGGUAUCCCAGGCAACAUGUGGUCCAGCAUCAGCGUGGAGGAUCUCUCAUCUUACCUGCACACUGCUGGCUUGUCAUCCAUUCCUGGCCCACCAGGUCCACCUGGCCCCCCGGGUCCUCGAGGGCCCCCGGGGGUCUCAGCAGCUCUGGCAACCUAUGCAGCUGAGAACAAUGACAACUUCCGGAGUGAGCUGAUUAGCUACCUCACAAGUCCAGAUGUGCGCAGCUUCAUCGUGGGCCCCCCAGGGCCGCCGGGGCCACAGGGCCCCCCCGGAGACAGUCGCCUGGUGUCCCGAGAUGGCUCCUACGGUUGGAGUAGCAGCUCCUCCACCAGGCGGGGCUCCUCCUACAGCUCUGCGAUGGGAGUUGGAGGAACCAAUGGAGGAUCCCUGGGAGCAGCUGGGGCCUUUGGUGCAGGGGAUGGUGGCCCCUACGGCACUGAUGUGGGCCCUGGUGGCAGCUAUGGGACAGCAGCGGCAGAAGGUGGUGUGUACGGAGGUGGUAGCAACGUGCUCCAGGGUGGCUUUGGUGGAGACCUGGACUACAAUGAGCUGGCUGUGCGGGUGUCAGAGAGCUUGCAGCGUCAGGGCCUGCUGCAAAGCAUGGCCUACACUGUCCAGGGUCCACCAGGCCAGCCUGGGCCCCAGGGGCCCCCUGGCAUCAGCAAGGUCUUCUCUGCCUACAGCAACGUAACCGAGGAUCUCAUGGACUUCUUUCGAACUUACGGAGCCAUUCCAGGACCACCAGGACAGAAGGGAGAUAUGGGUACCCCAGGACCUAAAGGUGACAGGGGCCCUGCUGGACCACGAGGUCUUCCUGGACCACCUGGCUCUCUGGGGCACAAAGGGGAAAAGGGAGACAAAGGUGACCACGUCUACAUGGGGCGAAGGAAGAGAAGUGUCGCCAUCAAGCCAUAAGUGGGCCUUGGUGGAGCAGCCAGUUCUCGCCACGUCCCUGGGCCUGUAGGUCAGAUUUCCCUCCAGAGGUAAAGCUGGAGUCUAUGAGUGUCCUACAGCAAGGAGCUGUUACCUGCCAACUAUGAUUAGUCCACACAGAAGUCAUGUAGAGAAUUCAAAGAUACAUGGUCUCAAACAGCUUCACAGGGUGCCCUGAUGAGCAGUCGCCAUGUUUUAGGGUAAAACGUUCUUCCCUGCCCUCUAGAUCCAAGUGCCUUGGCUUCUUUUAACGCUUAGCUUGAACCCCAACCUAGGAACGCUAGUUAUACAAAUUUGGCUUAGGAGUCUCAGGGCUUCACCUACAAAUGAGCCCAAAAGAUGGAAGACGGGCUCAGAGUCUCCCUGGGGGUGACAUGCGAGGUUGUGCUCUGCUUACUGGGGAAAAGCCUGCGCCAUCUUCUGCCUCCCCUUCAUGCUGCCUUCUAUCUGGGAACCACUGGUCAGGAAGCGACUCUCGCAAUGGGAGAAAUUAGGAAACGCAGUUCCACUGUGGGAGGCCAUCGCGUUUCUAAAGGCUACACCACUUGCUUAGGAAGACUGACUACAGCUUUAAUCUGUAUCUACAGGUCCAUGCUAGUUUAUAGGUGACUGUCCUAGACUGCAGCAAGGGGGCCAGUGACAGUGGGCGAGGACCGGGAGGGGAACGGACGCUUGGUGCUGGGGAAAUGGCUUCCACCCAUGUGUCACCCACCGCUCGCUUAGGAGACAGCUUGUGGGGGCUGGGCACAGCGGUUUAUAAGCACUUUUCACUGUCUAAAAAUAUCUGUGUGUGGUCUAAAAGACAAAAAGUCAUUUCAAGUGUAAAAUUUCUAAUUAAAAUUUUUAAAAUAUG